UUCAUGUCUGUCCCACCAGUAUAAAAUAGUGGCAAAUUCAUCCCAGCACAGUCAUCAUUGUGCAUCAGAUUAAAAAAAUUCGAGCAAGAUAUCUAACAAAGACUUUAAUUUUCAUGUCAUUUUAGGACCUUAUUUUAUUGUGUGCAGUCCUAAACCAGGUGCAAAGUUACCAAGUUGGCUUUCUUUUUAUAAAAAAAAUUAUUAAUAAAUCACAGUAGCAGACAAUCUCGUGACGAUAGCACCGAUGGCGAUAGGCUCGUUAUUUUAAAAUAUCCAAACUAGGUAUUAAGUACUAGUACUAUGGUAGGCUCUAAGGCGUACAUUACAAUUACAAAUUCCGGGAUGUACAGAAGUACUGACUUCUCCAAAUAAUGAAACAUUGAAGUCUUGCAUAUAAUUUCUUUUAUUUUUCUCUGCUGAGUCUGAUCAGUCUGCCAUGCACCACUGAAACUGAAAGGAUAGACAGACGAGUAUGUUACUCAACCUGCCCUCUUCUUCCACCACCAUCAUCUCAUCUGGUGAAAGAAGGGUUAUUGGUUAGGUGUGGGGAAAGUUUGUUUUCAAAUCACAACUGAAGUCACUUCAUUCACCUUCUCGUAAGUAAAUGUGAGGUGAAUGUUAUGAUUGUAUUUAACACAUGACAUUGGUAAUUGAAUUUCUUGUUUGGAGUGAUUUUUUUAAAUUAUAAAAAUAAAACAUUUAACUUAUAUUAUUAUAAUAUAUAUAUUAACAGGCCACAUUCUCAUUUAUUUCAUUCAAAUUCAAUACACCAUUGUCAGUGCCCAUGUUGUGGGAGUAACAAACCUUAUUUCAAUUUUGAGUAUGCUUGCGCAGGCAGUGAAUGAGUUAACACCAUCCACGCCAAUAAUAAUAUUAAUAGCUCAUUAUUUUUUUAAUUAUAAAAUGGUAAUAAAGGGGAGAGACUGCAAUCAGGUUAGGAAGAAAGGAAAUGAGUAAAACAAAGUAUAUGAAAAAGGAAUGCAACAAAAAAUGAACGUGUCGGCAGGAACCCUUCGUCAGUGAACAAACAACAGAAAAAACAGAAUUAAAUUUAAAAAAUUGCAGUCUUAGCUGAAAAGUAGAAUCUGAGAGGGCAGCAAAAUGAAUGUGCAAGAUAUCCAAAUUUUUAAAAGUGUGUAAAAGCGAUAUAAUAAUAUGAUCAUACUUGUACAAUAGUCCCCUCUGGCUUAUUUUAAUAAUAAUUGUAUGACUUAUAUAAGGUCUAAAACAAGCUGUGAUUAUGUUUGAAUAGCAUUUGGAUAUUUAUAGUUAAUUUAUAGAUUAUAAAGGGAACAUUAUUUACUUUCAAUUUCAACUGUUUUUCCCUAAUGAUUAAUGACACAACCAAGCCCAGCCAUCAUUUUUCUUAUUAGUUUAUUAAUGCAAAUAUCAGGAACCAUGCCAUUAUAUUUUUUAACUUUUUUUUAUUACAUACUACUACUUUAAAUAGAAUACCACAUUAAAAAUAAAUGAUAUUUUGGGAGCCAUGCCAAUAAUGCCUAUUGCCAAUAAUCAUAAUCAUGUUGAUGUUGUAUCUGAAUUUGUGUUACAGCAUGGUUCCACUGUAUUGAAAUGACCAAACAUUUGUUCCAUUGUCAGCAUUGUAUUUUUAUUUGUCAGUAAGCCAUACAUUUGUAUAUUUUUUAUGUAUAAUUUUUGGAAAGUAAAUAGUGUCUAUUGGUAGUUUACUACUGAUAGCUUCUAUAGUUAGGGCAAGGAGCUAUUUGUAGUUAACUACCAUAGCUUCUUGAGAGCUAUUGGUAGUCCAGCCAAUCAAAUCAAACCAAAAUCUUAGCUUUAAAAAUUUGCUUCCAUUGAGGCUGGUGAAGAAUUGCCCUGUUCAUUUAUUACUAGUUUGUGCUAGUGACAACACCUCUGCACUAAUUAUAAAAUCUACAGUACUGUUUUAAAGUUUUAACACUAUCUGCUAUAGCCUUCCCCAUGCUCGGAUUUGGCUAUAUUGCUAUAUAAUUUAUAAUAUAAACCUAAUAUAGAUCUUAGAUAGAUGUAUGAUACUGGGGGAAGGGGAUCAUAGUCUGAAAAAUGUUUACCCAGCUCCUUCUUUGCCUAGGCCAAAGUAAGUUGUGCAGUAAAAAAUAAAAUCCAGCUGUAAACAUUUUGUGUGUGCUAAUUAUUAUGAUUAAAAUACAGGCCUAAAUAAUUGCCACAAGAAGUUUUACUGCAUACAAAUUAAUACAAAGUGUGCAUAUUAAAAAUAAAAUAUUGUUACUUUAGUUAAAUGAAACUAUAUAAUAACUGGAUUAGGCUUAACGAUGAUAAAAUAAGCUUAGGCCAAUCAUUGUUUAGGAGCAUGGUCACAUAAACCAAAACCCCCUUGCUUUUGAUUUUCUGUUGUUUGGGAGAAAUGUCUAGUGUUAUUUACAUAAAUGAGCCCUCAUUAGCUUAUAAAGGCAUCAAUAUUUUUUAUGUACAACUAAACAAUUUCAUUGGCUAUAUUAUGCAACUAUAACACAAAUUAAUCAAUUUAAUGUCUAGGAAUCACUUACUAUUUAUUUUUUAAUGGUAUGCAGAGUAUGCAGAAUCAAUGUUUUAAACUGCACAUAAUCUUGUCAUUCUUGACGAAAACAUAAGCAGAGAUACAUAAAUAAAAUAAAAUAUAUACAAAGAAAGAAAAAUAAGUGUAUUAUGUCUUGAAAAUCUGAAUGGAGUGAAUUUAUGAGACUAAACACACAAACAAUACAUUUUGUUGACACAUGUUUUUUGUGUGGCAACUUACAUACUUUAGAGUGAUUUCAGUGUUGUAAUGAAAAAUAAAUUGUGACUACCAAUAAUUAUUGCACCACAUCAAUAUAUCACUUAUUGGUAUUUUUUAUAGUAAACUACCAAUAGCCGCUUAGAAGCUACUGGUAGUGGAGUACCAAUAGCUCCCUAGAAGCUAUUGGUAGUUUACUAAAUAGCCACAGCCUGGUCAGCAAGUGCAAAUUUAUAUGCCUAAUUGUUGCUGUUUUUUGUUGUUGUUUUUUUAUGUUUGUAGUAAGUGAGAGCAAUUGAUGGAGUGUCCACAUUUGGAAGAUAGUGCUAGAAUUGCUUUUGAUUUGUCCUGCACAGACAAUAACCAUUUCGGCACUACAAAAGUUUUCAAAUGCUCAGGUAUUUAUUAAUUCAUGUAAUUAUGUAUUUAUUUGUCUCAGCUUAAAUUUAAAAACAUACAAUAUAUCCCAUGUUAUCUAUAAUGAACUUUUAGUUAUUAAAAGGCUUCUUAUCGUGUGGAAAAGUAUUGUCAUGUUAACAGUAUUUUUUUAAAAAAAGAUUUGAAAUAAUCUAACAAAAAAUUGGUACAAAAAUACUUGUAAAUUUUAACAUGGUGUUCAUCUUAUCCAUUGCAAUUGUUUCUUUCAAAUUAUUUAGCCUGUCAGACUGAAGAGAGUCCAUGGAUUUGUUUGACAUGUGGAGAUAUAAAUUGUGGCAGGUAUGACUAUGAGUUUUUUUUUUAAAUGCAAUAAAAAAAACUUAUUUUCAAGAAAAAUAAGUUUUUCUAUAUUUACAUAACUACUUUCUCUUAAAAACAUUUCCACUUGUAAAAAUCUUGAAUGAAGUACUGAUGAAUUGAAAAAUUCAAAUUAAGCUUUAACUGUUUCAUAAUUUAUAUAUAAAAUGAAGAUGAUUUUAAAUAGUUCAAAUUCUUAUUACAGAUACAUAAAAGGGCAUGCAAAAGAACAUCAUGAAAGUCACAAUGAGCUUCAUGCUGUGUGUAUGGACUGUCAUAGCCUCAUGGCUUUCUGGUGAGUUUGUGCCUAACACCACAAAAGCAUUUUUUUUUAAUUUUCCAAAUAAAUAUUUUCCAUUAUUCACUCCAACUGUAAAUAUAACCCGGACUAUUUUUUUUUUUUUAAAUAAUUGUAUUAUAUUAUUUUUGUGGCAUUUCCACAAUGUUGAAUGUUGUUAUAAUUAUUCAUCAAAAUCUUGCUCUAAUUCCUUUUUUUUCUUAUUAUAUUUUAUUUACAAAUUCAUAUUGUGUCAGUAUUUUUCAGCACUAAUAACAUUAAAAUUUUCUUUCCAAUUUUUUUUAAAAACAGUUACAAAUGUGAUGAUUUUGUUAUCAAUGAUACCAACUUUGGCCAUUUGGAAAAGUUAAGAAAACAGUAUGAGACUUUAGCAAAAGUUGCAAAAAACAUUAGUGAAGAAGAAAGGUAUUUUAGUAUUUAAUUUUAAUGUUGAAUUUCAAAAUAGAGUAAUAUAUGCUAAUUUGAAUUAUAAACAAUUGUUAAUUCUUGCAUUAAAUUGUUUUCAUACUUGUUUCAUUGCAUAUUAAUAUUAUUAUUAACACUUUAAAUAUUAAUAAGUUUAGACCUAAGGUAGUUAACGUAAAAUAUUUAUUAAGCUUUCACAACUACAGUUGCAGCGGUCAAAGUACAUCAAGUCGUAAAAUUCUUAGACAAAAUUCAUCUGACUCCCUAGAAAAUGAAAGAAAUCACAAGAAAAGGAAAAGGGUUUGUGUAUGUUUAUUAACAUGAGUCUUACUCAUAGCUUGUAAAUCAAGUUACAAAGACAUCACACUGUAAAACUUUUAUUUUUGUAAAGUUAAACAAAAGAUAAAUUUACAAUUUGGUUUUAGUAUCUUAAGUUUUCAACAAGUUUUACUUUUAUUCCCUCUUUGAAAACUUAAAACAGUAAUAGAGAAGGCCAAUGUCAAGGCAAUCUUCAUAUAUUUUUUAAUAUUCAGAGCCUCUUUGUAUUGCAAAUUUGUGUGGUUGGUUUAAAUUAAUACUUAAUUUCACAUUAAAAUUUACUUUAAUCAGCAGGACAAUCAUCAUAAACAACGUCGACCAAGGACAUCAGGACUCCGUAAUUUAGGAAACACAUGUUUUAUGAAUGCUGUUUUGCAAUCAUUGAGGUAUCAUUACACUUGUAUUAUUAAAACUUCAUUGGAAUCAUCUAACAACUGAAAAUUAUAUUUUAAUUUUUUUAUUUUAUUGAAAUUAUUUUUAAACAUUAAGUUAUUAUUUGCAGUAAUAUACAAGAAUUUUGUGGGUAUAUCAAGCAACUUCCAUCAUUAGAAGACAAAAUACUCAAGGCUAAAAAAAUACAAAUUUCUCGGAAAACUAGGGAUUCUGGCGAGGAUGUGUAAGUUUUAGUUUGUGGCAUUAGAUUGAUUAUUGCUGAUGUAUGUGACAUACAUAUUUUAAAAUAAUAGAGUAACCUAUCUUUAAAUUUUCGUUAAACCAUUGUCAAAUUAUUUUAGAAUUGGUAUCCCUACUUUGCUUUGUUUCCUUAAAUAUAUGUUAUGGUAUUAAGUUUACAUGCCAAAAUGUUAAGCUUAUAUAUCAAAUAUGCAUAAAGGGAUUUAUCAUUUCAGCCUACUUGUGGAAGAACUAAGGAAAACAUUAGUCGCACUGUGGCAGGGAACAAAAGGGGCUAUUUCUCCAGAAUCACUUUUCUCAGUUGUCUGGAAGGUGGUUCCAAGAUUUAGGUUUGCACUACACUAUUUUAGAGAAUCUAUCUCAGAGGACUAAUGAUUUUUACUAUUAGUUGGUGUGAUAUAAUUUUUUUUAAAUUUAAACAAAAUAUGUGAAUUGGAGAGUUAUUUUAGUAUUUAUAUUAAACACAUUAGCAUAAGAAACUUAUACAGGCAUCUUCUUUUGUACAGGUUUGAUUUCUUACUUUACAAGAAUAUUGUUUAAAAUUUUAAAAAGUACAAGUUGGUUUAAAAGUGGAAGCUUUGGUAUGUAUAUUUUCCUAGAAUAAUUUUCUUAACAUAUUAGAAUGAGUAAGUAAUGUAUCACAUCUAUUUAUUUAUUCCAGAGGGUACCAACAGCAAGAUGCUCAUGAGUUCAUGCGGUACCUCUUAGACCGGCUUCAUAUUGAGCUUCUUGAACUUCUUCCAUAUCCCAACAACAAUUCUCCUUACAUAGGUCCUAAAGGGAAAAGUACUAUAGUGACAGCUAUAUUUGGAGGUUUACUUCAGAGUGAAGUCAACUGUCUUAUUUGUGGGAUGGAGUCCAAAAAGCAUGAUCCUUUCCUUGGUUAGUUUUAGUAUAAUAACUUUGAUGCUCUUCUGGCAUUAAAGCUGUUGAAACUACAAGUUGUUUUUUAAAAUCCUAAUGUGCUUUAAGGCAUAAAUUUAUCAGCCAUGCUUAUAGAAACACUUUUAAAUUUUAUUUUUAACACUAGCGGAUAUACCCGGCAUUAGGACCCCAUCGUGGUGUGACCCUGAUCCCAUUGGAACCCUAAUCCCAUUCUGACAUUGAUCCCGGCGCAGUCCCGUUUCCCGGUGUUAUGCCGAUCCCGGUUGAUCCAUUCAAGGUUGUGAUCCAGAUUCUGGUGGGAUCCCAUUUUCUGGUGGAAUCCUGAUACGUUGGGAUAAAGAUUAUGAUGGGAUCCCGACCCAUUUGGGAUCCUGUAUGAAAAAAUUCUUCAGUGGUACUGAGAGAACAAUAAACUCCUGUCAGUAUGGAAAAGAACAGAACUAACUAACAUUUCAAUAAUCCCUUAGAUCGCACUAUAUUUCUCCUUGUAACAAUUUAGACCUUUCUGGAAUAUUUUAGAUUAAAUAAUUUAAUGACUGCUCGAAACAUGUGUAAAAACUACUAUUCUAAUUAUUAUUAUUUUAAUACGAUAAAAAUCGUCAAUAAAUACCAUAAUUAUAAUUAAUGUUCUUUUAAGUUAAUCAAGGGGGGGGGGGGGGGGGGGCAUUCCAUAACUGUACUGAUCUAGUUAUGCCUGAGAUAAAGGGCCCUACAAAUAUCAGACAUAUAAAUAAUAGAUUUAAAAUUUGUCCCAUUGGUUAAAAAAUGACAUAGAUAUAGCUUUUUAAGAUUAUGAAACUUUCUGGAAAAUUCUAGAUUGGAUAUUAUAAGUUUUAAAUCCACUGAUAUUUCAAUACGAACUAAGAAGCGUAAUGAACAAAGCUAGGCUUAGAUCCAUAAAUUAACAUAGAUCCUAUAGUGUUGUCUAAGCCUAUUGAUAUUUAUAUAGCUUAUAGAAGGAGAAAUGGAGUUCAGUACCCUUCGGUAUUUGAAUAUGGAUGGUCAUAUGUAUUUGUAAUAAGUUUGGUCAAGAUCGAGCGCUUCAUUUAGAAGUAUUAAGCCUAUUGAUAUUUUAUAGCUUAUAUAAGGAAAAAUGAAAUGGGGCGCCCCAGAAGAAUGGAUAUUAUGAGUUCAGUACCCUUCAGUAUUUGAAUAUGGAUAAUAAAGUGUACGUGUACUAAUUUUGGUCAAGAUCCAUCUACUCAUAUAGGAGUAUUUGUUGUUAAUUUUAUUUAUAUAGCUCAUAUAAGGGAAAAACGAAUUUGGGGCCCCUGGCCCCAAUCGGAAUGUUAUAAAAAGUUCAAAACCCCUUAGGAGUUCCUUCCGGAUAUGAUGGACAUAUGUGCCAAGUUUGGUCAAGAUCCAUCAAUUCAUGUAAAAGCCUUUGUGGAACAAACCCACAAAUCCACUAACUUUCACUUUUAUUUAUAUAUAUAUAUGAUAACUUUUUUCUGAUUUUUGUGUCAAAGUUUUUUGAGUAAACCUGAGAAAGGUAGUCAUAAGAAGCUUGGUACAAAGCAGAAACUUCCAUCACUAUCACGACAGUUAAAUUUAUUACAAAAAUGCAAUGCAAGUUGUUUAAAAAAAACAAAAACAACUUUAAUAUAUUCUACUGUGAUUAAAAAUAGUGUGACCAUUCAAGAAAAAUGAAGAGAAAAUCCAAGUUUUACAUUUAAAAUGGUUUACGCUGAGGAAUUUGGUAUAAAUAAAAAAAAGUACAAAUAUUUAAAAGCUUACAAAUUGGUUAAAAAUUGAUAUAGGAUAAAGAAUUCUUAAAUUAAAAUAUCUUUAGCAAGAUUAACGGCCCCUUUGCAAAUGAUAAGAGCCAUUUUUUUUUGCAUUUAAUUGAAUUCAAAUUGCUUCUAUUAUCAACCAUUGACUGAUUGUUUGCAUUUAAAAACAUUUAAAGAAAUAUUAGCUUUUGAAUUUUACCUCAAAGUUUUUUGUGUGGAUUUAUACAACACUGUAAUUUUGAAUUGUUGCGUCUUUGUUCUUGAUUACAAUUUUUUUUUAUUUGAAGAUCUUUCACUUGAUAUUCCUGCCCAGUUUUCUAGCAGACUAACAAAACCAAAAGAGGGAGAGCCUAUUUGCACAUUAUCAGGUUGGUUGGUUUUUGCAAUAGAGAUAAGUUAGAAAGCAGAUUAGCCUAACUAGUUGGGACUGGGGUGGUUCAGAUACCCAAACACAAGACCGCAUAAAAGAAGUUUAUUAUCAUCAUCAAUGGCACUACAGCCCAUGGAGGGCUCUGGCCUGCUCCACCACAUCCUUCCAUUCAGAAGGAUCCAUGGCCAUGCGUUUUCACUGAGGGACCUCCAGCUGAUGUAAAUUUGUCUCUGCAUCAAUUCAUUUUGGUCAAGCAGUCCGCUGUCUGCCCCUUGGUUUAAGUCUCUAAAUCAGGGGUGCCACUUUUCCGGGUUAUCCCGGAAUUCCGGAUUCGUGAGGCUAAAUAUUUUUCAGUUCCGGAUUCGCAAGUUUUUAUAUUCUCUCGCUCCGUAUUCGCCAUUUCAAUUUAUUCAAAUACGGAUUCUGUCUGGUUUUUUUUUUUAUUUUUUUUUUAAUCAAGGUAUAACAAAGCGUGAAAAACCGGGAAAAUUCCUUGAAAAUGGACGUUAAUCACCGAUCUCGUCUAUUUUUAGACUUUCUGUUGCCAGAGAGCUAGUGGUUUCCCCUUGCGCAUGCGUUUUGAGCUUUACACGUUUUGAGUACCGUACUGCUUUGAUAGAUCAGAAAUAUUUAUUUUCUGUUCACUUCGCCAAUCAAGAGAUAUUUGAAGUGUUUGGGUAAGCAAAGUGUAAAAUUUAGUAAAUAUUUUUUUUUAGUUUUUAAUUGUUGGGUAACCAUUAUUAUAAUUUAUAAAAAGAAAACUACUUGUGCUCUCUAACAAGACUAAGCUUAGCGUACUUUGUUAUGUUUUACUGUAUGCAGGCGACAUGUAUUUUUUUUAUUAGAAGAGCUUUAACUUUUUUUUAAAGACUUCUUAAGUUAACUUUACAUUUAAUAACGGAGUAAGCCUUCUAAUUUUAAAUAGGCUAAUGAUUAAAUGAUUAAGUUAUUUUUAUCCGUUCAGUAGUGAGCCUAACAUAACUGUAUUUAGUUAGUCUUUAUUUAGAUAAAUUUAUUAGUUAUGCACUCCUGUGUUCUGACUCUGUAUACUUUAUGGUAAUUCUACUAUUACUAUUAUUCAUAAUGCUCUGUAUUACCAUGCCGUAGUUUAUUACUGGUAUAAUAUAGUCUAUAUUAUUAUUAUUAUGUAUGCCUUAUUAUAAAUUAUAAAUCUAAUGUAAUAUAUUUUGUUUCACUAUUCAGGAUCUAGGCUCAAUAAAAUAAUGUAAUGCCCAACAUUUCCUUUAAAGAACUGAUGGGCACUACAGUUACAGCAAUCAUAAUUGAAUAAGCAAUCAAUGCUAUACUAUGCUGGAAAUAUUGAUAUCAAGUAUUCAAGGUGGAAAAUGUCUGAGUCAAUCAGGUGAUAAAGCUGGUAUCAUCUUCUAGGUGUCCACUUCUGCAACUUCUCAAUUUAUGUUUCAAAACUGGGAGAUUUUAUAGACACUAAAGUGUGUUGACUCAAACUAUCCAUUUUCAUCAUAAAGAAGAGAACAUUAACUCCAUAUAAGAAAAGAUGCUCUCCACUUGUGGUAGCUAUACGUUUGUUAUAAAAUGCCCUGAUAACACAUUUCAAAAGUUGACUUUUCAAGUCUAAGUAAAUUGAAAAAUUGCUAUUGCUAGGAAAUUUAAUAAAUAUUUACAUGUAUACACCUUAAUUGCUUAAUUUUGUUCAUUUGUGAUGUAUUUCAAUGUUUUAUUUGAUAAUUUCAUGCUUGUUUUUAUAUUAAUCAACAAAAACGUCGCAUUGCGAUAAUCAGGAAUUUUGAGUUUCGUUAAGUUUCAGGGAUUGAAAAAUUUGUAAAUGACGUUUCAGGUUUCAAGAAAUUUUUAGAAAGGGAUUUCAGGGUUCACAGCUUUCAGUGAGUGGCACCCCUGCUCUAAACCACUUGUGCUCCUCUUGCAUCUUCUUGAGGUGUCCUAUCCAGUGACGCCUCCCUUUUUUUUUUUUUAAAUUGCAGUAACUAUGGUAGGGUCUUAGUACAACUGGUACAUUUCUCAAUUUAAAUAGGUUUUCUCCUUAAAAAUGUUAGUGAAUAGAAUAGAAAGGCUAGUGUUUCAUAGAAUACAAAGGCUGAUGCGUCAUGUGUCUGUCGGCUGCUUGAUGUCGAAAACCUGUAAGAACUGGAUUUUUUUUUUGUUGGCGAAAACAUGUCAUUUUCAAUUACGAUCAAUGGCAUUUAGAAUAAAAUCCUAUGUCGCUUGGUCUUUCCAGAUGUGUAUUGUACAAUAUGCAUUAACAGAUUUGCAGAUAGCAUUAACCCAGUCUGGUCACUGCAUGUACAGUACACCUCUAAAUUUUACCUGGAUUAUGCAACUUUGGUUGGCAUUGUUUUCCAUUGUUUGUUUGCCAGUGCUCCAUACAUGCUUAUCUUGUACAUCAAUAUGAUUUUUUUUUAAAAAGACAAAGGCAUUAAGAUAAUCAGCUUUCUACUGUAUUUCUAAAGCUGUUUUAUUUUUUAUAAUAUAAAUUAAUUUUAGAUUAAGGUUUGUAAAUUUAAAAUCUAUAAAACUUGUAUCAAAAAAAAGGUCUUCUCAGUCAUUAUUCACUUUGUUAAUUAAAUAUUAAUAAAGCUUUACAAUGGUUUUUUUCUUACUGGAACCCGAAGUAUUGAUAAUAAUAAUAUUACUUUUUUAAAAAUUAUACUUUUUUCAGAUUGUCUGUCCAGUUUUACAGAUGUAGAAGAAUUAGAAGACUCAGAACUGUAUAUGUGUAAUAAUUGUAAGCAGAGACAACGUUCCACAAAGAAAUUUUGGAUCAGAAGAUUGCCAAAUGUAAGAUUUAAUGUUUAUAUUAAGAUCAAUCAUUGCCUUAAUUUUAAUUAUUUUUUUAUUUGUUUUUACACAUUCAAGAAAUCAGGGUAUUGCUAAAAACAAUAUUAUCAUGCAUUAAGUAUCUCCAUAAAAUCUCAAAUACAACAUAACAGGGAGAUGACAGCACAUAUCCCAGUGGAGCAAGAUAUUCAUAAAAUAGGGUGGAGACAUAUUGGUGAUACCAUUUUUUAAAAAACCAGUUAUAAUUAGGCCAGAAGUGGUAUAAAACCCUCAGGGAUCAAGAGGUUAGGAAUACCCAAAUAGACUUAGCGUAAAUAGGUAGACAAGUAUGUUCUCAUGUGAGGAAAGAGUUAUAGAAGAUUUCAGGAGUCCAAAAGGUGUGGAAAGAUAUUUAAUGGCAUGUUCUCACUGGAAAGCAGAGAAGAGAAGAUUUAUUUUAAUACUAUUCUUUAUGAAUGCCCUUAUCUCAAUCAUUUAUAUUAAGUUUAUUCUAUUUAUUUUAUUUCUCAGGUACUCUGUUUACACUUAAAACGCUUUAGAUGGAGUAUGUUCUGUCGUUUAAAAGUGGAAACUUUUGUUGAAUUUCCACUACAAGCACUAGACAUGAAUACAUAUGUACUUAAUAACUUGGUAAGUCUUCUUUUGUUCUUCUGUUUUAUAAAUUAAUUAUACUGAUUGAUUUUUAAUCAAUUAUUGCUACUGUUAACACAUAUAUUCUAUUAAAGAAAGCACUUCUUUUCAGCAUGAAACAAGAGGAAGCUUUUCAGGCAGCAAUUUAUAUGAUCUUGCUGCUGUUAUAGUUCACCAUGGCUCAGGGUAAGUCUUCGUGUUUAAAGACUUUCUUGCUGCUUGCAUUUUCAUCUUGUGGAUGGAGCGUUCGUUAAUUUUUUUAUUACACACAUGACAUUUUUUUAUUACACACAUGACAUUUUCACUUAGUUGAUCAAAUCUCCUUUGUGUGUGGGUGAGCUCAAAUCUACUUUUUUUAAUUGUAUGCCAGGGUAAAGAGUUAUGUCCAUUCAACCAGGAUGUUGAAAGCUUUCAAUUCUGAAAAAAGUAUAUAAUUCUACUUUUGUUAAUAAUUUAUAGCGUAAAUUUUAAUACUAAAAUGUAGAAAAUAAUAUAAAAUUUCUUAAAAUGCAUUGCAAAAAUAAAGUCUGUGCAGAAAAUAUUUUUUUGGAAACAUAUUUAAGUUUCGUCUACAUUCAAUUCGAAUCCUUCGGCUUCAUAGAGUGUGAUUCUGCAUUAAAUUAGGUAGUAUGUCAUUUUUAUUUUUUUAAAAUCAUAUUUGACCUGUGGCACAAUUGGAACAAAAUAACCAGUCCUAGCAACCUGCAAGACCUGUCUUGUCACAGAAUAGUGCAAUGAGCUCUAAAUAUGAAAAGUUGUUGACAUCCUGGAAAAUUCUAGAGAUGUUAUGUUGCAGCAUUACUUUGGAAACUUUAAAAAUAAACUGAUGCAUCUGAUUUGAAAUGUAAUUUAAUGGGAAAAUAUUUCAAUAAAGAAACAAACAAUGUAAAAUUUAAUUAGAAUUCAUACACUUUUAAAGUCACACAGGGAGGGCAGCUGCAAGCAAACCCAUAAAAUGUUGAAAGCAAGGAAAUUGUUUAUUUUAACUUUUUGAAAGAAAGCUAUUAAAAAUGAAUAAUAAAGAUGGAAGUUUACAGUCUGAAUUUUUGUUCUCUUUUUUUUUUUUUUUUUCUUUUUUUUUUUUUUUUUUUUUUUUUUUUUUUUUUUUUUUAUAAAGGUGAUUAAACAAUUUUUGUGCAGUAAGGAUGUUGUGAUUUACAAGGUUAGCAACAUUUUGUUUGAAAAUCUACUUGAGACAAUUUAAAAUGUCAUUCUAUGAAACAAUGACUUCGCAAUGGAAAUAACGUAUGUUUAUAAUAGUGUGUGGGUAGAUUUAAUAUUUUUCUUGAAUAAUGCUUGUUCACAGAUGUUAUUAUGAAUGUAAGAACUGUUGAUGGGAGUCAGAAGAAUACAGUAGAAUAUACAACAUUAUCUAUGCCCCUUACAUAGUAAUACAGAGUAUUGUGAAAAAUAAUGUCUUGCCCAUGAGGGUGUUUGAUUUGGUCAUGUGAGUGAGUGACAGGUUUUUACUUGAUGAAGCAGCCAUGAUAAAGCUUAAACAUUGAAAGAGAUGUUGUGAAUAUAUUACAGGAAUUGAAUGACUUAGUGAAGUGAGAAUUAAAUAUUCCAAGAUUCAAAGUGUGUAUCGUAGUUUCUGUAAAAUUAUUUAUAUAGAUAUUUAUUUUUCUUUUGGAUAUUGUGAACGGCUGAAUUAAAGUAGCACUGAAUGAACCUGCAACACCUGGAGCAUUAUUUAUUACAGAAAUAGUCACAGCAGUAUUAGUAAAUAAUGAAACAAAAUUAUAAUUUAAUUUUAAAAUAUUUUAAUUAUCUGCAUCCUUUUAAAAUGUUUUAAGUAUCUGCAUUUAUUAAAUAUUAUUUUUCAGGGCAGGGUCUGGACAUUACACAGCCUAUGCCACACAUGAAGGUAAAUAAGUGUUGGUUUUUUUUAAAAUAUUUUUCAAGCUAACUCAUGUAUAAAAGAUAUUUUAGUUAAAAUGGAAUAUGUUUCAAUAAGUUAUAAUUUUAUUUUAGUAUUUUUUUCUUUAAAACACCUAUUAAAUCUCUUAAAUGUUUACAGGGCAAUGGUAUCAUUUCAAUGACAGCACGGUAACAGCAUGUGAUGUAGACACUGUUAUGAGGUGUAAAGCCUACAUCCUGUUUUAUGUGCGAAGAGAAAUUAGAUUACCUGACAGUUUAUGUGCCCGUGCACACAGUAGCCUAAACAGACGGAUCCAUCAAAAUUCUGGCUCGGACACAGAUACCAGAGACAAUCACAAGAUAAACAAAAUUUUAACAAAUUCUAAGCCCAAGUGAACAAACUUUCUUUGAAUGUUUGAUGAGGAAUAAAUGGUUGUUCCAUUUGUGCUGAAAUGGGACUGAAUCUUAGUGUACACUUUUGAAUGUAUGCUUGCUUUAUUUGUUAGGUUGAUUUCAAAAUUCAUCCUUCUUUUCUCCUAUUGUUUUGAAAGUGAUGAGUGUUGUAUUUAGUGGAGAAAGGAUUUCAAAUAAGUGAAUCUCACAUUCUUACCAACUCAAACUAUUUCCAAUAAAACAUGAAAAGGGCUGUCUAUUAUUUUUAAACUAGAUGUUUCUUAGUGCUAGUAAUUUUAAAAGAAGAUGAAUAAAUGUUUCAUCCCUUUCCCAAUACAUCUCAACCAACCAUACAAUUUAUUUCUUUACAGGAUUACCAUAGCAUGUAUUGAACUGUUAAGUUUUCCUUUUUAACACCAGGUUAAAUAUCUUAAUCAAGUCUUGACUUGAUCAAUUUUAAUUUUGAAAUUAUUGUAAAAAAAAAAAUAAUUCUCAUAUGGUCAAGACACCCAUUCCUACUCAAUGCCAUUCCUAUUUCAAAUCUUUUGCUUCGGUGUACUUUAUUUAUUUUUUUAAUCACUAGUUAAACAGGUAAAGCUUUAAGAAAUGCUAAGAUGGAAUUGAAACAUCUUUUACUUCUUAAUAUUUUGUAUGUGUGUCCAGUAAAGUGGGCAUAUAAUUCAAGUUAAUUUCAUUUAAACUUAGAAAUAUUGAGCAUAAUGAACAAAAUAAAAUUCGACUACCAUUUUAGUUUAAAUUUUUGCUAUUACAAAAAAGUUACAUAAUUUUCUAGGAAUUUUUUGCGUUUCUAAAGUACGGUACUAUAUAAUUAUAUAGUUGUUACUGCUAGAUUUUAUAUAGUAAGCUUUUUUAAAGGCAAGGAUACCCUUCAAACUAAAAAUACUGUUUCUCUAUGAUAAAAUUUGUACUUAUUGACAGUUACAUGUAUUUCAAAGCCAAUCUAUGAAUAGUGAACAAUAUAAGUAUUGGAAGUAAACACAAUCAUAUAGAGUCUAUUUCUAUCAGGUUAUAUCCACAUUAGGGGCUAAUCUAUUAAAUCCACUAAAGAGGCACAACUGAAGUAAAAUAACAGAUAUUUGCACCAUACUUGUUCUUUUGUUUGGAGGUUAAAAAAAUAAUUCAAGUAUCAAAUGUAAUUUAAGCCCACAAAAAAAACUUAGCAACUUUGAUAUUCUCAAAGAAUUAAAAUCUGUUUUAUUUCAUUUUACUUAAGACAAAAUUUUAUAACUAUUAAUUCAGUUAUGCAUUAUUCUAUAGAGAUUAAUUAGCCUCUGACAAAAGCCCUCCCUGUAAAAUGAAAGGUUUCUGACCCAAAUUGUCUGCUUGUGUUUGAUUGUUAAUGCCACCGCCACCAAUGUGUGUUCAACAUUAUGUACAUGGUGUACAUGUAUGUAGUCUAAUGUAUUUCUGUUCCUUUGUUAUGAUUUGUUAUGAAAUUAUGUUAAUCUCAAAAUGGUUGCUUACUUGUUGUCAUUGGCAGUGUUGUUAAAUAUUGUUGGUUUUUUUUUCAAUUUGCAAGUGCUUAUGAUAUUAAAACAAGUAGAAAAUUAAAAAAUGAC